UGUCGCCUCCGAGGGAUGGUCAUUUCCCUCUCCAUGCGAAUAGGAGGAGCCUUUAGUUUUAGAGGACACGACUUCAAGUCCAGGUGCUGAGGAGAGGGAAAGAGCGAGAGGGGUGGUGUGGUUUAUGCAGGUAAAUACUAGUAAUCUCGACCACAGAGAGGCAAGUGCGGAGUUUAGCCCACACCCAGCACGCUUGCGGACACCGUACCGAUCCACCUGUGUUGCUGUAUCUUCCGUUUCAGCAACCCGCGGGUGGGAAGCAGCCAAUGCCAAUGCGCUCUCGACUGUGGACGGUGCUCGCAGGUCAGAGGAUGCGUAAAAAUGCUUAGUAACUGGAAUAGCAGGUGCUGGAAGAAGGGCGUCCGACUGUCAACACGUCUAAACUGUGCGCAUAGCGCCGAGCGCUGAUGUUCAAACAAUGGAGAAACAAGCUCUUGCAACGGCUCUGAGCUUGUCCAUGAGCGUUGUCUCUUUACUCUUGCUGGUCACCGCUAUCUUCACCGACCAUUGGUACGAGACAGACACCAGAAGGCAUAAGGAGAACUGCGACGAGUAUGGGUCGGAUUCUAACGACCAGAAAAACAGGGAGAUGCCAAUAUACCACUUGCCUCUUGUGGACAACGGUAACUCCAAACGGAACGUGGCGCUUAUGAAGCCGAUUCACGUCGGGAGUAGAGAGGAGGAAUUGCUUGAGAACUGGAGGGCGAUACUGGGGAUGGGGAUUCUUGAGACGGAAUGUGGCCGUCCGUUGUUCUCCACAUAUUCUGGACUGUGGAGAAAAUGCUACUUUCAAGGCAUGGACCGGGAUAUCGAUAAACUCAUAUCAAAGGGUAUUGCGGACCGAUGCACAACUGUCAAGUACCAUUUCUCUCAGCCCAUUCGGCUUCGAAACAUCCCGCUCAACCUGACGAGAACCAUUCAGCAAGACGAAUGGCAUCUCUUACAUCUGCGGCGAAUCACGGCGGGGUUCCUGGGGAUGGCGGCUGCCGUUUUGUUGUGUGGCAGCAUUGUGGCCACCGUGGGUUUCUUUUGGGAGGAGAGCCUCACCCAGCACGUCUCCGGCCUGCUCUUCCUCAUGGCAGGGAUCUUCUGCACCAUCUCCUUGUGCACCUACGCCGCCAGUGUCUCCUAUGACCUCUCCCGGAACCCACCCUUCAUCUACGGAUUGCCCGGCGAUGUGGACCAUGGCUAUGGCUGGUCCAUCUUCUGCGCCUGGGUCAGCCUGGGACUGACCGUGGCAUCAGGCUGCCUCAGCACCACCUACCCCUUCCUCAGCCAAACCAAGGAUCUGCACUCCAAAACAGCACGGGAGUCCUCAGUAUGAGCGGUAUGAGCAGUGUGAGAGAAUUGAGUGCCCCCUGUAGAUUCGGGGGGGAUGAUUUGUUGGUGUGGACAUUUUGUUGCCGACUGAAAACCAAUAUAAGAGGAGAUGUUUUAUUUUUACGAAACCAGAGAUGAAAACAUAGUGUUUCAGUGAGAUGUGGGAAUCUUGUUGCUCUUUUUUGUAGACUCUCGUCAUCCUUUAUCGAGGUGUUAUGCAAGGUGUUAUGAUGUGUUAUUUAUGUGUGUUUGUAUGUGCACACAGGCAAACUCACACAUACAUAUGGACCUACACACCCGUACACAAGUACACACACAAAUUGUUAGUUCUCGCUCUCUCGCUGUCUCUCUCUCCAAGACAUGGAGAACAACAUGAGAGUGAAUAACAUGAAACGACGUAAAUACCCACACAGGCAUACCACACACACAUAAAACAUGUGUGUAUAUAUAUUACCAUAUAUAUGAAAAGGGCAUAAUUCUUAUGGGUGAUUUGGUAAGAUUGAAUCCAAUGGACAUUGUAUAAAAUACUAGUAUCACUUUGAAAGCAAGAACCCUCUUUUUUUCAGAUGUAAGUGAUAUAUUUUCAAAACUCUAAACUGAUAACAUGUGUAAUGCCCCCUAUCUUAUGUUCAGAACUUUUGAUUGUGCAUUCAUCGGGGUUUCACACAUCUUUCACCCCUGAGUCAUUAAUGCAAAAUCAAAGUUUUCCUUAAAUACCACAAGCACAUUUUUUGGGGCACCAAUACAUCAGUUAAUGAUAGGCUCACCAUAUAGUCAUUUGAACUACCACUUCAAUUGUUGUUUUUUCAAUCACUUAGGUGCAAUUUUCAUUAGUAUGUGGUACAUUUUCGCAACAAGCACAAAAUUCAAAACAGAUCAUCACAAUCACUCAUGUUUCAAAACUUUAAGCACAUUUUCAAUUGACUGAGUACAACAAACAAAUUCACAAAGUCACUUGUUCACUGCACCAAAUCACUUUUUCAAUUUGGAUACAUAAUCAAAGUAUCUGCUUUUCAAAAUGCAAUAUUCACUUUACUUUUGAUAUGAGUUUCUUGUCAUUUGUUAACAAUACAAUAAACUAUCACUUAAUCAAACUGCUCAAAACGACUGAACCACAAUUAUGUACUGCCUAGUUAACAUAUAUAGUUUGAUAACUGUUGAACACUGUAAAUGUCUAUAUUUUUACCUAAAUGUAUCAAUUUGACAUCUAUUUAUGCUGGAAGGUAAAACCAAAUCAUAUAUGGAUGUGGCUGUAAAUACUACAUCAUCAUUCUCCAUCAGCCAGUGCGGUCUAAUAGGACAAAAGGGAAAGAGUCACUGUGUACUACCAUUUGGGAUUAUAGUAUAGUGUACAAUGCACUGCUGAAAUACCUGGGUUGUGCACUGCUGAUACACAUAUCAAAACUGUUCUUUUUGAAGUGCUGAAUAGAAGGAAUAGUAGAUGGCCAGCAGUAUUUGACUAUAACUUGACAUACAAUUUUUUAAAUAAUUUGUAUCUAAUGGCAGGUUGUGAGCAUGCUGAGAAAUAUAUCAGUUUAACAGUUUCAUUAUCCUUAUACAGUACAUAUUUAGGGUAAAUCAUCAAAAAUAGGGGUAUUGUAAAGCAGUUGGUUACUUUAAAAACGUAGUAUGGUGUUGUAUGCUAUUUCUACCCCAUGCAACAUUGUACAAGAUCACCUUUUCUACGUGACUUGUCAACUGAUACAGUAUCGUCUGUCCCUCUGAAAUUCAUCAGCUUACAAUGUACCAAUGAAAUUCAGAUAAUGAGUGAAAUAUAUUAUUAUACACAAUACAGGUAUUUCAGCACUACACUAGUGUUCCAAAUGGUAGCACAUAACUCUUUCCAUUUUCCAUGUAGUAUUCACAAUCGCAUCCAUAUAUGAUUUGGAUUUAUUUACCUUCCAACAUAAAUAAAUUGAUGUCUAACUGAUACAUUUAUGAGGUAAAAAUAUAGAAAUGUACCGUUUUCAGCAGUUAUCAAACUGUAUAUGUAAAGUAGGCACUACAUCAUUUUGGUUCAGUUUUGAGCAGAUUUAUUAAGUGAUAGAUACUUGUAUUCUUAACAAAUUACAAGAAAGUCCUAUCAAAAGUAAAGUGAAUAUUGCAUUUUCA